CACAAUACUUCUACACUCCCCCCUCAAGCGAAGGCGUGAAUGUCAAGCAUGCCGAGCUUGACCAACAAUCCACGAAAAUGAUCGCAUCCUAAACCCUUGGUGAAAAGAUCAGCAGGUUGUUCAGACGUUGCAAUCUUACAAGGAGAUAUAUCGCCAGCAAGAACGCGUUCCCGAACUAAGUAGCAAUCCAUUUUGACAUGUUUGGUAUGCUCAUGGAAGACAGGAUUAGCGGAGAUAUGGAGGGCAACAUGAUUAUCGCAAUAAAGAGGAGUGGGUGCAGCAAGAGGAUGACCAAGCUCUGUCAUCAACCAUCGGAGCCAUAUAAGCUCACUAACAGCAGUAGCCAUAGCUCGGUACUCGGCUUCAGCAGAAGAACACGCCACUACAGACUGUUUCUUGGUACGCCAGGAAAUUGGUUGAUGACUCGGUAUUUGCACAUGUUUUACCCUUUGUUUCUUGAUUGUUUGAGCUUGAAUUAUUGCGUCUUUGGCCUAUUUUAUGCUAGGUUGUGUUCCUUUGUCCCAUUUCAGGUCCUAGCACAUAAAGUGAAGCAUAGGCGCAAGUUUCAAGUCAAUCAGAGAUCAAUUGACGAUUCGAGAGAAGAAACUCGGGCAUGACCUGAAGAAGAAUGGAUUUCUACCUCACUUUAUGGACAAAGAAUCAUGCAAGCUUGUUAUGAAACGAAAGAGGACGAGACUACGAGCGUCUGGGAUCAAACGGCGAUUGAUUCGGAGUCCGGACGAGGGAGAAACGAAGCAUUAAACAGAGGCUGAGCAAGCUGCACGGGCAGACCAGCGUGGCCACGCACGGCCGUGCAAGUGACCAGUUUGGCCGUGCGGGAUUGUGCGUGGGCACGCACGGGCACAAGUGAAAUCCGCACGGCCGUGCAACAUACAAUUCUGGCCGUGCGAGUUGGCUGAGGUUCAACUAAUUGAUACGCCGCGUUUUGAGGUGCACGGCCAGAAUGGUGAUGUGCACGGCCGUGCACCCUGGCCGUGCGAGUCGGGAUUUCCUGGUUUUAAGCCAAAUUCCGAACCAAAGAAGAGGGAGCUGGGUUUUGGAUCCCAAACACCCAAGGGACGAACCCUAGAGAGAGAGGGCGAUUUGAGGGCAUUCUUGGAGUAGAGAAGGAGGAUUUCUUCACCUUGGAAGCUCGAGGAACAAGCCCGGACUUGAAGACUGAUCAUCUGAAGAUUCUUACUGCAGUCUCUCUCUUCUCUAUGGAGUAACUUCCCUUCACUUAGGUUUUGAGGAACCCUAGCUAUGUUUGUUUGAUUGGAUGAUUGUAUGAGUACUCUGACUGGAUAAUCUUGAGUUCAUAUUCAAUCCAUGCAUGUUUUCAUGAUUCAAUUCUGCUUUAGUCGAGAUUAUUGAUUCUGCUUUGAUUCUAUGAGAGGGAAUACCUGAUUAGGUCAAUAGAGCACCAUAGAUUGAUAGUAGUGGAUCGAUUGCUUUAGUCGAGGGUUGAUUCACUGCUUUGUAUCGAUUGAGAACCUCUUUUGAUAGAGGGAGUCUAGUUCAGAACGCCUUGAUCAGUUGUUCUAGAGAAGGAUACGUCCCUCUAGGCAAUUGACUCAAGAGGGCCUUGUUCCUUUAGUCGAGACUCAAGGUCUAGUCAAGGAUUCUCCGCAUUGUGAAUGAAAGUGAAACAGGUUAGAGAUCAUCAAUCGUUAAUCUGGCUAGUGGCUAGGGGGAAUCAUACCUAAGUGAGUUCCCGACCUGUAAUUAGAUUAACUUUAACUGUAGUUUGCUAGAGUAGUUUUAGUUCUUUUAUCUUGAUCUGGUUUGCUAAAUAAUAAACUGAAGCUGAGUAAUAGUAACUCUAGAGACCCGUGGAUUCGAUAUUUAUCACUUGAGCCACUAUACUGCAGUCCCUUCCAUUGGUUACACUUGGCCAUUGUUAGGAGUUGUGUUUUAGCGAGUCAAGUUUUUGGCGCCGUUGCCGGGGACUUUCUAGAGUAUUAGGAAAGGCAGAAGUUUGUUACUUUAGCGUUUUUCGUUUCUUUUCUUUUCCACCCUUGCUUUUCACUUGGGUGUUUUUGUUUUUGUUGGUUCAGAUCUGAAUCAUGGAUCCUAAUGGCUUCUCCAAUCAUUGGGGGUAUCCACCACCAUCUGGGUGGUAUUACCCCGAGACUCCGUGGAGCAAUCAAGGCAGAGAAGACUAUGGAUUCGGGUUCCAGUACCAACCCCCUUACUACGGAGAACAACCGGACCCCUGGGCAUAUCAAGAACAACCUCAUUAUCAAGAAGAAUUUCUCCCACAACCAGAAGGGCCAUCGGCGCUGGAGUUACUCAUGGAGCAGUAUGCUCGAGACUGUGAGAGAACAUGCUCCAGGAUGGAUCAGUGUGUCCAGGCCUAUCGUGAAACAAAUGAGAUCCUCCUGAGCCUUAAGAAGAGCGUCGAUGAUCUUGAGCGAUCUUGGGCGCAACCUGCUCCAGAUCACCCUUCUGCUACCAUACAAGAAGAGGAGGAGGAAGAAGAAGGCUACAAGGGCAUUGUGGAACACACUGAAGUUGUCACGGAGAGCUCCCGUGAUGGUCAUGAUCAGGCGUGUCAUGUCGUAGCCGACCACACCUUCCCACACCCCAAACUGAGCUUUGAAGAGGCGGGCAUGAGUGAGGAGAUGCAAGAAGAUCUCAUGAAAGAAAUUGCUUGGCAACUUGCUCUCCAAUCCGUGCUAGAAGAAGAAGAGCAAGAAAGGGUGCAGAAAGAAGUUGUGGAGGAUGACGAAAGUGAAGCUGGAGGAGUUCUUGAUCAUUUCCCAGGGGUGAUACCACAUGAAGAAGGAAGGGAGGUUGAAGAAGCAAUUGGCGUCCAGGCUGAGGACGAAGUUGAGGUGGAAGAGGCUUGCACCGGCCAUGAGUUACAUGUGAUAUCUCCACCAAACUUCGAGGAACUGCUUAGCAAGGACCCAUUUGCAGUGUCUCUUUGCCAGACCAAGGCCACCUCGACAUCGGUCCCUCUUGGUGGACGCGAUGGUGGCCAAUCGAUGCUUUCUUAUCUGGUUUGGGGCAAUGAGACGAGAGAAGAGAAGAAGAGGUCUCGAGGGUGGAGACUUCAUCUGCAUCAAGUACAUGAGCCUUCCUCACCUGCCACACCACAUGCUCGUGACUUGAGACUCCACCUCAUCGACGAGAACCUCAACUUCAAGGAGGUUCUAGCAUGGACCGAAACUUAGGAGCCAUCGUCCGGCUCACGACGUGAAAGAAGCGCUUGUUGGGAGGCAACCCAACCAGUCGGUUUGCAUUUCUUUCUCUAUUUCUCCUCGGUUGAGUCAGUUUUGUUAUUUGAUUUUAGAGUCAAUAACUCAACCUUUGUGAGAUUUUGUGUGGUGUUUGUGUUCUGAUUACUCUCUCUUCCUGGACUGCACUGCCUGACCCGUACAUCAUCAUUCACCCUUGAUCUGGUAACUUCGUUCAACCCUCCUUAUCUUUCCUCCAUUGAGGACAAUGUCGUGCUUAAGUGUGGGGGGGUGUUCGAUUAUGUAUGCGGGUGAAUGUUUGGCUGUUUGUGUGCUUGGAGCCUAGUCCACUGUCCAAAUUUUUAAAUUUGAGGGCUCCAAGUACGUGUUCCAUGCAAUUGCCUGCUCAGUAUGCUUUGAAUUGACAGUCUUUACAGUAAUAUGCAACCUAGGGAGGUAGUGUAGCACUAUGGAGGAUGUUGAUGCAUUUAAGAAGUCUCAUUUCUUCUUCAUAUAAAGUUGGUUGAUUGAG